UUAUAUUAUAUUAUUAAAACAGACCGGUAUAAGACAAAACUUGCACUCUCUCGCAAGCUUUAGUAAUGGGGAAUUUUCAGUGUGGUUCUUUUGUGUCAAUACUAUGACGGAAGUGUCGGCGAACCAAUCAAGUUUUGAGCACAGCCCUCGAGCCCACCCUGCAGUGUUCAUGCCACCAAUCAUAUUUGACAGUUGGUAAAAUGGGCGGGACUGAGCGCAUAACAUGAUAGUCUGCGUUGUAUAUAUCUCGACGUCGGCGACUAGGAAAAAUAGUUAGCUAAGCUUAUCUUCACAGAUGGCAGUACGGGUAGACAGUAACGCUAUAUUGUAAUGCGAAAUAUUAAAAAGCUAGCAGUAUUCAUGAAUUUACUCACGUAAUUCUUCAUACAGUGUCAAGAUAUCCAUCUUUUAACACAUUAAAGGCGCAUUUUACUCGAGUUUUGGUGCAUUAAAUGGAGGAGAAGAAGGAAGACGGAGACUCGGAGAUACAGGAACACGGACCCGAGCACUGGUUCUCAAAAUGGGAGCGGCAGUGUUUGGCCGAAGCGGAGCAACGGGAGCCGAGCGAGGAGGAGGCCGACAACGACCAGGAGAAACUGUGGCAUCUUUUCCAGAACUCAGCCACUGCGGUGGCACAGUUAUACAAAGAUAGAGUAUGCCAUCAGCAGGGGCUGUCAUUGUGGGUGCCAUUUCAGAACUCUGCAACAGCAGUCACCAACCUCUACAAAGAGAGUGUGGAGGCCCAUCAAAGAAGCUUUGAUCGGGGCAUCCAGAUAGGCCAUCAACGCCGUAAUAAGGACAUGCUGGCCUGGGUGAAAAAGCGCCGGAGAACCAUUCGUAGGGAGGAUCUUAUAAGCUUUCUGUGUGGCAAAGCACCACCACACAGGAGUAGCAGGGCCAACCCCCGGCUGGCCAUGUUGGCCCCAAGCCGGGCUAAUUCACCAGCGGAGACUGGCUCAUCUGUGGAAGCAGACCUCCAGCCCUUCAGGGAGGCCAUAGCACUGCAUGGUCUGAGUGGAGCCAUGGCGAGUAUCAGCGUGCGAUCCGGUGCUCCAGGGUCUCCCACACACGUGAGUGGGAGCAGCAGUAACGGAGGCGGCGCUGGUGUAGGUGGUUCUUCUGGCUCGGGGCCGGUGUGUCGCAGCAGGCGUAAUGGGCUCCAAGACGUCGACCUGAACACUUUCAUCUCAGAAGAGAUGGCACUGCAUCUGGACUCUACAGGCUCCGCCUCCGCCGGAGGAGGAGGAACCAGGAAACGAAACUCCACCCAGUGUAGUGAUGUCAUCACGGACUCCCCUACACACAAACGCAACAGGAUGAUCUGAUCUGAUCUGCUGCCUGCCUGUGUGUGAGGGGGUGGGGGGAGCCUUCGAAGCCAAGGCUAAGAGAAGAGGAGAGGGGAGGGGGUGGAUGGACUUAUGUGGGACAGAUGCACAGAUGGACAGACGGACAUUCGAAUGCCUGGCUGUGCAAAAGAAACCCGGGCUGAAAAUGAAAACAGGGAUUGAAGGUCUUAGUUUGAUCUAUUCACAUGUUGAAUGAAUUCUAUUCCUUGUCUCCUUUCUCAACGCUAUUACUACAAAUCACUGAUCUGCAAUCAGAACUUUUACUGAGCGCGUGUGUGACUGGGAGGUCGGAACAACGUCACACACUCCUCAGGCAUCGCUGCCCCGGAAAGGAGACAACGAAGGAAGUCAGCAGCUCAUUCUGGGACGCAGACCGUUCUCAAAGGGGUGAACAAUGCACUGUGCUGCUUGACAAGUAAAAGCCACUUGAUCCUUGACACAUUUGUGCCCUUCCCUCCCUUAACCUCACUCAUCCUCACCCACCACCUUAAUAAGGAAGUGAGGGCCAUGAUCAAAUCGUCUCACUCAGUGAACCGAGUUGCUCGCCAAAACGUUGGAUCCAACUCUGUCAGAGACUCAACCUCUGCGUCAAACAAAACAACCCAGCUGUUCUUUCUGUUACUUCAUCAUUGCAGCUCUCUGUUGCCUGUCAGUGGUGGAGCUAAAUCAACCCCGUAGGAGGACAUCUGCUUCAUCUGCCGCUCGUUACAUUUCUCUGGCUACUAAGUCGCUGGCAUGUAACUUUAUGCUCCGCUUCAACAGUGGCUUGAUUUUGUUCAGCCCGUUUUUUUCGGUUUUAGUUCAACUACCAGUGUUAAAAUUCUAGGUAUGUCGCCACUGUUUGCAGCAGUAAUAGCCAAGUUAAUUUUUCUCCACCAUGUUUUUUUUGUUGUUAUCGAGGAUUAUGGAAAGGAAGUUUUUUUUUUUUCUUUGUGUAUACAGCUUGUCAGACAACCUGUUUGCUGACUGAAACGCCCCCUCUCCCCCUUUACCCUAGUCUUAUUACGAAAGCAGCUGCUGUUUUAUGUGAUCUUGUGAUUUAUUCUGAUGAGUUGCAAUAAGGAUUUUUGCACUUAGCUUUCACCUCUAACUCAUGCAAAACAAAUCGGCUCUUCCAUUGUAUCCCAGUUGUAGCCUCGUCCAGCCCUUAACAUGACCGCUCACGGUCAGUCUUCACAUUAGUUACCAGUUGCUGCUUAGAAUAAGUAAAUACUUGGAGCCCUCACGCGCACUUCUGGUUCCAACAAGUGUUCAAAAAUAUUUGAUCAAGUUGUGGAGCGUUUCUGCGUGUGCAUUCAAAGACCCCCCGAGUCCUUCCCUGCCUGACAAAUUAUUUCGGAAGAUAAUCGGUGCUGUAAUGAAAGCAGAAAUCACAGAAAUGUUUACAAAGGUAGCGUUUCUCAGCAGACCCACCACGCACGCCAACCUGUGCACACAAGGCAGCCGAUCGUUUGUCUACAGAGUUGGACUGUGUGUUGGGACACCGUCUGCUUUUUGUAAAAGGGGUGUGUGCAUUAAUGAGACGCUGAUGAGUUUGAUUUUACUUGGUACAGGAUGAUGCAACUCGGGGCUUGUUUCCUUCUUGAAAUGGACAUUGCCUUCCAUUUUUCUGGAACAGAUUGGAGUAGGAGACGCUGAUCUCACAUGAGUCAGAAAUUUGGUAUAUUAAGCAGUUGAUAAAGUAUUAUGAACUGUUACUUUACUGAUUUUUUUUUUUAGAGUCUCAAUGAUAUAUUAUUGAAUUGAAGCUUGUUUGUGGGCGCAAUAAACUCCAUUGUUGGAAUAUGCUUUCAUUUAGCAUAGUAAGCUAACAAAGUGUAAAUUAUUAGAAAAAUCUUGAGUUGUCUAGUUAUCAAAGCAAUUAUUAAAAUAUGUCCAGUGAUGCCCUGCCAUAAUAGUUAUCCAAUAUGUUGUCAGUAAGACCCACUGUAGCUGACUUGUGAGAUGUCAAUGUUUCCUGCUCCUUUUCCUCCUUUUUGUUCACCCCCCUUCACCUUUAUGACCUGGAAAUUGGGGUUUUCUUUAGUUGUAUAAAGCAUGCCAGUUUUUAACUUCUGUUACAUUUCGGUCACAGAUUUCAUUUUUAUUUGUUUUUAUUUUUGCAUUAUUAGUUGGCUUUUAUAUUCAUACUUGAUUGCUGGCCUGUCAGUGAAAGAAAAGAACCAGCCUGAGAGUUGUUGCUUCUGUCAAAAUGAAGACUUCCAUGUUUUAGGAGUUUGUGAAACCACUGAAUUAGACUGAGGAAAAUGACAUAUUGAAAAAGUGAGAUUUGAUUUGCUUAGAGGGCCUCUGAUUACUGUGAAGGAGGGUCAACAAAUAAUUUAAAUCUAAAAUGCAAACAGUGUUUUCUUGGAAGCUCUGGGUAGCAUCAGCGAGCACAGGUCGAGUGAAUAAUGUAACAUAGGAAGGAUCCAUGUUUCUUGAAUAGCACGUUGGUCCUUAAAGUCCCAUUCACAGACAGUUUUAGAGCCCGUGACCCUGCAGAGUACUCAUGGCAGAUGGUGUUGGACCUGACAGCCUGUCCACACGCUCUUCAUUAAAUCAGAGGAAUGCAUUUUGAAUAUUUCUGUUGUUUUUCUUCCUCCAGGCACUUGACUCACUGUUUUGUGUCUAACACUCCACAUUGGCAUUAGUAGCAUUCUUGACUGAAACCAAAUGGCGCGUGUUGUUACAAAUUAGUAGUUAUAACCUCCCAGUGUUUCUGUUGCAUGACAACAUGUCAGUUAAAGGGAAGAUGUGAAGUGUCUGCUGACAGGAAAAAUAAACUCAAAUUCACACUAUGAAAGGAUAGUUUUUUUUUUAGUUUUUAUUUAUUUUUUUUUCCAAAAGCUCAACUAAAGAGUUGGCUACGAGCAGGAUUGUGCCGUCUUUUUUAAUCCCACUGUUCAACCUGCAGCGUCAACCCCCAUUGAUUAGCCUGGUUAUAAUAGAGGGGGGCACUUUGUGUUUUUCUUUUCUUCCCCUGAGCCAGUCGCCGGCCUUCAUCCACAUUGUUUCAAAAGGCUGACUCAUGCCACGUGUCUCUGGAGCCAACACUAUUAUCAGCUGUUUCUUGAUACUUAUUUGUUUAAAAAGUAAUAAAUGGCUAAUCUAUAUACUUAACAUUUAAUUGUUGGUAUGAUAUAUGUGGUUCACAUUGUAAAAGAAAUAAAACCAUUGAGUUGCAA